AGAAUGAAGUUCCUGAAGCUAAGAAAGUGGAGUCUUUGCUAGAUCUAGACUUUGACCCUUUCAAGCCAGAAGUUGUAUCAACAGGAGUUACUCAUUCACCCAUGUCUCAGACAUUGCCAUGGGAUCUAUGGACGACAAGCAGCGAAUUGGUGCAGCCGGCAUCCAGCACAGCAUUUAAUGGAUUUGCACAGGAUACCUCUGCAUUUACAGUGCAAUCAAAUGAGAAUGUGACAGAGCCUUUGACUGAGGCCGAAGAAGCUCCACCUGGGGAACCCAAGGUUGAGGAAACCCCUGCGGCUGCUGUUGUGGAAAAGGAGGCUGUCCCUGCUGAGCCCGCUGAACCAGCAGAGCAGGCUGUGGACAGUGUCGAGGCAGGGGAUAAGGAGACAACUGGAGUUGCUGAGAAAGAAAGCGAGGGGGUACCUGCCACCGAGGGGACUGCGGCAGCAGAAGACGGUGCGGCUGUGACAGCAGGAGCUGGUGACAGCGCUGGUACCACUGAGCAGGAGAGUGUUGCUGAAGGUGACAAAGCUCAGGGAGAAGAAAAGGAGGCUGAUGUGUCUCAGGAAAAGGUCAGCAGCAUCCCCUCAGUAGUAAUAGAGCCAGCAUCAAACAAUGAGGGGGAGGGAGAAGAACACGAAGUCGUCAUGAAUGAAUCCAAAGAUGCUGCAGCAGAGAUGGGCAUUCAGGGCACUGACACUUAUCCCAGUGAAACUUUGCAAGUUGGAAGUGAGCAGAAACCCCCUGAAGAAAUGCAGGCUGCACCUUCUCAAGAUCAGCCUGUUUCAGCAGAAGACACAGCUUCUGCGAUGCCACCUGGCUUUCUCUUUAAGGUUGAAGUUCUACACGAUUUCGAGGCAGCUAACAGUGAUGAGCUUAAUUUAAAACGAGGAGAUAUUGUACUAGUAAUUCCUUCUGAGACCACAGCUGAUCAGGAGGCUGGCUGGUUGACAGGCAUUAAGGAAUCCGAGUGGCUUCAGUACAGAGAUGCAAAUAGUUACAAAGGACUUUUCCCAGAGAACUUCACACGCCAUCUGGAGUAGUUCUCCGCUCAGGCAGACAAACGUGGUACUAAGCUCAGUCAGUAGGUUUUUAACCUCUUUGAAACACAGAAGCCCACCUUUUUGUAGUUUAAGCUGUUAAUGGUUUACAGACUGGUGCCAGACAAAGCUUGUUGAAACAUAUCAAAAUGAGCAUGAAUGCAAACAGUUAAGCUAGCAAUUUCUGAAGCAGUACAUGAAAAAAAAAUCAAAUAAAAAAGAAAUGUCCUUAUUUGUUCACAUGUACGUGGCAACAGGUUUGUUUGUGCUUUGUCAGAGCUAUGGUGAUCCUGUAUUUGGUCCUUUCCCAUGAGAUCUGAAAUUAGCCUCCUCAAUACCAAAACCUUAACUUCUCUGCACUAAGUGUAUUGUAUUGAGUUGCACUGCAGAAGAUUUAAUUAGUUAUCCUGUAGUAUGAGAUCAAACUAUUAUAAGUUUCAUGUGUUUAAAAAAAUACUUAACUGCUGCAACGUUUUUCAAUGUUAUUUUUGGACAUGCAUAAUAUAUAUACACACAAGAACUUAUAUGUGUAUAUAUAAGUGCAUAUGGAUAUAUAUGCAUUUUCACAACUUCAUCGUAGUUCUUUGACUGUGUAGUAUCAUCAGCACAUGCAUUGCUCUUUCACUGUCUGGCAUUACAGGAAAUGGUUUUGUUCCAAAGCAAAACUAGCUGCUCCAUUGCCAAAACAUGAUACAGUAUCUGUGUUUGUAAUGUGAAAUUUUCAUUCUGAGAUGAUGAAUACCAUCAUGUUCAAAGCUGCUAAACCUUUGAGAAGGCAUGGCUCGGUCUCCCCUCCCAGCUGCAGUAGUUAUAAUGAGAUAAUCUGGAGGGGGAGCUGUUAUGAUGCUAAUCUAUACUUUUUUAUUUAAUUGGCUGAAUAAAUUAAAAAAAAAAAAUAGAACUAAUCUCAGAGAAGAAAUAAACACAAUAUAUUUUCACUAUAUGUAUUUAUGCAGCGUACCUUCACAGAUCCUUUUAAAAUAAGAUAUAUAAUGUAUCCUGUAUCAAAAAGUCAUCUGUAACUUAUGUUUUCCAGUGCUGUGUCAUUAAAAAUAAACCUUUGAUCCAGAGAA